CAUUUCAUUUCAGAAACGUCAAACAAUUGUUGAAAAUCAUUUUCGUUUGCAGGUAUUUUCUUAUAAAAUUACAAAAUGCCUGCUGGUACAUCAGCUAUGGAUCCUUUGAGAGAAAAGGCUUUUCAAGAUUAUAGAAAGAAGUUAAUGGAACACAAGGAAAUCGAAUCUAGACUUAAAGAUAUGAGAGAACAAUUGAAAGACCUAACUAAACAGUAUGAUAAGAGUGAAAAUGAUUUGAAAGCUCUUCAGAGUGUGGGGCAAAUUGUUGGCGAAGUUCUGAAGCAACUGACUGAAGAGAAAUUUAUUGUGAAAGCAACAAAUGGCCCACGCUAUGUGGUUGGCUGUCGCAGACAACUGGACAAGAACAAGCUGAAGGGUGGCACCAGGGUUGCUUUAGAUAUGACAACCCUUACUAUCAUGCGUCACCUGCCUAGAGAGGUGGAUCCCCUGGUGUACAACAUGAGUCAUGAGGACCCUGGUGAUGUGACUUACUCCGCAAUUGGUGGUCUUCAAGAACAGAUCCGACAGUUGAGAGAAGUAAUUGAGUUGCCUCUGAUGAAUCCAGAGUUAUUCCUUCGUGUUGGUAUUACUCCGCCCAAGGGAUGUCUGUUGUAUGGUCCUCCGGGGACGGGGAAGACAUUGUUGGCAAGAGCGGUUGCUUCACAACUUGAUGCUAACUUCUUGAAGGUCGUAUCAUCAGCUAUUGUAGACAAGUACAUUGGUGAAUCUGCUCGUCUUAUUCGUGAGAUGUUCAAUUACGCGAGAGAUCAUCAACCUUGCAUUAUAUUUAUGGACGAAAUAGACGCCAUUGGUGGCAGACGUUUCUCUGAAGGUACAAGUGCUGAUCGUGAGAUCCAGCGUACACUGAUGGAACUGCUUAACCAAAUGGACGGCUUCGACUCUCUAGGUCAGGUCAAAAUCAUCAUGGCUACUAACAGACCUGAUACCCUGGACCCUGCGCUGCUGCGUCCUGGUAGAUUGGAUAGGAAGAUUGAAAUACCACUCCCAAAUGAACAAGCCAGACUGGAGAUCCUGAAGAUCCACGCGGCCCCUAUCGCGAAGCAUGGCGAGAUGGAUUACGAAGCUGUAGUGAAACUGUCCGACACAUUCAACGGAGCUGAUCUCCGCAAUGUUUGUACUGAAGCUGGAUUGUUCGCUAUCAGAGCUGAGAGGGAAUACAUCAUACAGGAGGAUCUCAUGAAGGCAGUGAGAAAAGUCGCCGAUAACAAGAAACUGGAAAGCAAACUGGAUUACAAGCCAGUUUAAAUUCGGCAUUUAUAUUAAAUAAUAUAUAA